AUGGAUAAUGAGUACAGUUCUGACUCUGAUCCCGACGUGGAAUUGGAGAAGUAUAAAUCGCGUUUGAUGUCCUCAAUUAAUCGCAAAGCCGCAUCUAAGAACGGUGCAGGACUGAAAGAAAUAGAAGAAACCGAAAAUGAAGCGGAUGAUGGUAAAAAGGGUGUAACUUUCGAAGAUUUGGGGGUAUCUCCCGAACUGUGUAGAGCCUGUAAACAGCUGGGAUGGAAACGGCCGACAAAAAUACAAGUGGAAGCGAUUCCAGUGGCCUUGCAGGGGAAAGAUAUCAUUGGCCUGGCGGAAACAGGGUCCGGAAAGACGGCAGCGUUCACAAUUCCGAUCCUACAAAAGUUGUUGGAGAAGCCUCAGAGGUUAUUUUCACUAAUACUGACGCCAACGAGAGAAUUAUCUCUACAGAUCAAAGAGCAGUUGCUUUCUUUAGGCUCUGAAAUUGGACUGGACGUUUGCCUAAUUUUGGGAGGCUUGGAUAUGGUCACGCAGGCACUGCAGCUGAGUAAAAAGCCGCAUAUAAUCGUAGGAUCGCCGGGAAGAGUGGCAGACCACCUGCAGAACACGAAGGGCUUCUCCCUGGAAACGAUUAAGUUUCUAGUGCUGGACGAAGCAGAUAGAAUACUGUCUAUCGAUUUCGACGACUCGCUGAAUAAAAUCAUACAAAGUUUGCCAAAGGAAAGGAUCACGUACUUGUACAGUGCCACAAUGACGAGCAAAUUGUCGAAACUGCAAAAGGUCACGUUGAUUAAGCCAAUCAACAUUAACACGAAAUAUCACACGAAUCAGCUGUUGAUACAAAAGUAUCUUCUGAUACCACUCAAAUUUAAGUUCACGUACUUGGCGUGUGUGCUAUGGAAGUUUCCGCAAAGCACCUGCAUGAUAUUCUGCAACACGUGUCUGACGUCGCAGAAGGUCACAAUCUUUCUGCAAAAUUUGGAGUUUAAAUCAAUAUGUUUGCAUGGUAAACUGACGCAGACACAAAGACUGAAUUCACUAAAUUCGUUUAAAACAGGAUUAAAAAACGUGUUGGUUGUCACGGAUGUUGGCAGCAGAGGGCUAGAUAUACCGUUAGUCGACUUGGUGAUCAAUUUUGAUGUCCCACAAACGAGCAAGGACUAUAUACACAGAGUGGGAAGAACAGCAAGAGCAGGAAAAUCGGGACUGUCAGUAACAUUCAUAACCCAGUACGACGUGGAGUCGUUUCAAAGAAUCGAGUACACACUGGACAAGAAGCUGGAGGAGUUCACCGAGGUCACCGAAAAUGAAAUGUACGAUAAGCAUGAGGCUUGCUCAAAUAGUCUGAGGAACGCCGAAAUGGACUACAAAAGUAAAUUCCAACUGAUCAGAAAGAACAAUAAAAACCAAAAGUACAACAAGUCGAAGCUUAAGCUGUUGAGAUCAUAG